AUGGCCUCGCAGCUGCCCCUAGAGCUCUGGUCGCACAUCCUACACCAGCUCGACGACGAGUACACACUGUGGGUAACCUGCCGCCAAGUAUGCCAUUUCUUCCGGGUGGAAGCCGAACGCGAAUUCGCGUUAAACCGUCUGCGAUCCGUAUCCCUGAUCUGGGAUUUCACCUUCAAACACGAGCAAUUUACGCAUUGGCUGCGUAUCCAGAGUGCGGGGACGUGCGGGCUCGUGAGAGACCAGAGUGAGAGCAGCAGCAGCAGCAGCAGCAGUAGUAGUGGUGGUGAUGAUAGUGGUGUUCUUGGCAGCAGAACAAAAGCAAAAUUCAAGUUUACAUUGCACAACGCCGUGGCGCCUACGUACGUGGGUCCAGUACUUACUGAAGCCCAGCAGCAGCACCAAGUCCUGAGGGAUGUGAAAACCGCAUUUUCAUAUCGCGAUGCGAGCAGCGUUAAGCUGGCUACGGGGCACUGGCGCGAGGGACACUACCGCGCUGUGCUGGGCUACUAUAGCAACGAUGUGCCGCUGCCAGGCCUCGUUGUGGAUCUGGAGAGUCAGACGCUUGUGUUUGACUGGGUGGCGUUUGCGCGUGGUUUCUUCCGCGAUGUAGGGUUUGUAAGGGAGCGGAAUCGCGAGAUGAGGCCGUUUGGCGAGCGGGUUCAGGGCGCGCUGGAUACGCUUUUUGCCGAGGGGGAUGCGGCCGAGGUAGGGCGCAAGGUGGUGGGGGGCAAGCUGGAUUUGGUGGGAGAGCAAGAUUGUUUUUAUUUUCAGGAGGCCUAUGUGAGGCGGUUGCGGCGGACGAAUCCUGCUGGGUUGCGGAGGCUGGAUCGCGUGGGCGAUGGGGGGGGGGGGUCAAGUUGA